GUGAUAUUGUCCAAAGUGAGCACUGCACAAGAAACUGGUCAAGAAAUGUCCAUGAUGUGAACUACGUAAAGGUUCUUGUUCUCAGCAAUACAUCAUUGAGUUCUGUCUGUUCUUAAGAUAAACAUUAACAAUAUGUGCAGCUUCUGUAGUCAAAAGCAAGAAAAGAAAGCAUUUGGAGAGACUAGACAAGACUCUUCUGCGUCACUGUACCUCCUCCAGUAGCUGCAGCUGGCCCUUGAAGGUAGACCGCUUCCCUUCGUCUAUAGUUGAGUUCCCAUUUGCCAGUGGCAUCAGGCCCCAAGACCCCCCCCAACAGGGCUCCGUCCUCCUAUAGUCGUCUCUGGGUCUCUGGUCAGCAGGACGCGAGAAUCCUGCUGUCGCUCCCAGGUCCAACUCGUCCCUCUCGACGGGAGGGCCCCGUUUGAUUUCGUCCGUCGCCACUUCGUCAGCCCUCUCCCGCGUCCAACUCGUCCCUUUCCCGACGGCAUCACCAUGACCGCCCUCAACUCCCUGUUUUCCUUCACUUCUCCCGCCGUCAAGAAACUGCUGGGCUGGAAGCAGGGGGAUGAGGAGGAGAAGUGGGCCGAGAAGGCCGUCGACUCUCUGGUCAAAAAGCUCAAGAAGAAGAAGGGGGCCAUCGAGGAUCUGGAGAGGGCCCUGUCCUGCCCCGGCCAGCAGUCGAAGUGCGUCACGAUUCCAAGGAGUCUCGACGGACGUCUCCAGGUGUCUCACAGGAAGGGCCUCCCCCACGUGAUAUACUGCAGAGUUUGGCGUUGGCCAGAUCUGCAGAGCCACCAUGAGCUCAAGCCCUUUGAACACUGCCAGUACCCCUUUUCUGCCAAACAGAAGGAAGUCUGCGUCAACCCAUAUCAUUACAAGAGAGUUGAAAGUCCUGUUCUUCCGCCCGUCCUAGUCCCGAGGCACUCGGAAUUUGCUCCAGGCCAUUCUCUUCUGUCCUUCCAGCAGGUCCCUGAACCCAUGCCCAGUAGUGUCUCUUACUCACAGAACGAACCCAUGCCCAACAAUGUCUCAUACUCACAAAAUGGGUUCGUACAUUCCCAAAUGGGUGGGGCCUCACAUUCCCAGAUGAGUGGAGGAAAUAUCGCCGGGAUCAAUCAGCCUCCAUCCCCUGUUGGAAGCGUUGUCAGUCCAGCAAGCCAGAGCCCACACAAUUCUUAUGGCAGUAUUCCUGGUGGAGGGAGCUUAACCGGCCUGAAUCAGCCUCCUUCCCCAGGCAUCAGUCCUGCCAGCCAAGCACCACAAAGCCCUUAUGGCAGUAUCCCAGCAGAUACUCCGCCUCCAGCGUAUAGUCCAAGUGAAGACAUUAAACAGACACAGCCUGCUGAGCCUAUGGAUACCGUAGGAACCAAUGUCACCCCAAUCACAUACCAGGAACCCAAAUAUUGGUCCAGUAUAGCAUAUUAUGAGCUCAACAACAGAGUGGGGGAGGUCUUUCAUGCUCAAACACACUCUGUCAUCGUUGAUGGCUUCACAGAUCCAAGCAACAACUCGGAAAGGUUUUGCUUAGGUUUGCUGUCCAAUGUCAACAGAAAUUCCACAAUUGAAAACACCAGAAGACAUAUUGGAAAGGGGGUACACUUGUACUACGUUGGUGGAGAAGUGUAUGCGGAGUGCCUGUCAGACUCAGCCAUCUUUGUCCAGUCGCGCAAUUGCAAUCACCACCAUGGCUUCCAUCCAUCCACAGUUUGCAAAAUUCCUCCUGGUUGUUCACUGAAGAUAUUCAACAAUCAGGAAUUUGCUCAACUCUUGUCCCAGAGUGUUAACCAUGGAUAUGAAGCUGUCUUUGAUCUUACAAAGAUGUGUACAAUCAGAAUGUCGUUCGUCAAGGGCUGGGGUGCCGAGUAUCAUCGUCAGGAUGUCACAAGCACUCCCUGUUGGAUAGAGAUUCAUCUUCAUGGACCGUUACAGUGGCUGGACAAGGUGCUCACGCAGAUGGGUGCCCCAGCUGAUCGUAUUUCCUCCGUCUCCUGAAUCCGUCACGCUCUGACCUAUUUCCACAGUAAAUGAUGCAUUGUCGGCACAUGCCCUUCACGGCUAUUUUGUCAUUUUCACUGGCUGGUGAUUCUGCAGUUUUUUGGUUUUGAGAAAAACAUGUUACAUCUUCAGUAGAAGAGAACUGCUUCUUUUAGUUCAGUAUAUGCAGCGAUUCUGUUUUGGGAAGGUCAACUCCUGGCCACUGGGUCAAAUAGCUCUCUGCAGUACACACCAUGCAUUCAGUUUUCAGUCCCCAAUCUCCCCAGCUAAAGAAUGGCACUUGAAGGUGAUACAGUACAGAGAAGUACAGAUGAUAUCGAGGUUUGGUUUUUGUUUUUGGAAAUUUACUCUUUGAUUAUGAAGUACUAUUAGGAAAAACCUCAGUCGUGUACACAGUUAAAAUGAAGACAUAUCACAAACUGUAUUGGUGUUGGUGAACGAAAAUGUGACUGUUAACAUUCUCCCCAACUUUAUGGAUGACUGCUUAGCUGCUACCCAUUAUCUGUCAGCAAAAGUAAUGGAACAUCCUAGGAACACAAUUGUUUAAUGCAUCCUGUAAACAGAAGCAGCGCUGUCUUAGUUUCAUGAUAUACUCAUGUUUUGGAAGAAGAAAUUCCCUUGAAUUUAGAAAUAUGUAUAUGAUAGUAAGCCACAGCUUCAGGUGAGAAGAGAUUGGAAAUGGUUGCAGAUCAAAGUAUAGUGGGAACAUGUCUUUUAUUGUUUAUUCUUAUUGCACAGAAGUGCAAGGCUGCUUUCUUAGACUAUUUGAUGAUUGUACAUAAAUCGUUGCUUCUUGAAUUAUGAAUAAAAAUUUAUAGCUGGCAUGGAAGGCUGUGGUAAUGAAAAUACACAAAUGACUUUCAGUUCCUAAUGAGAAUUGCAAAACGUGUUUUCUCUCUCACAGAAAUGUUUCACAAUUUUCCACAUUCUCAAGUAUGUCUCAGUUGUAUACAACCUAGAAAUAAGAAAAAAUGACCAAGGGAAAUCAGUUUAAUGGUGACUACGUCAUAUUUUAAGUCAUAAUUGUGCCAUAACACCAGUCAGCUUUGCUGCUGCUAACGAAGUACCUGUGCCUCCCAACCAUGGGGUCAGUUGGGUUCAGUUCUCAUUAGAAUACUUCUGGAGUUCUUUUCAGGAUUGUACUGUUUCUUGAAUGUAUAGAGCUGGAACACACUUGAAUGCCUAAGAUUAAACAGUUGACAAAGUCUUUGUUUUGAUUUCUCAUGUAAGGGGAAUGUUCUACUCUGACUUAUCUUGAAAAAAAGGAAAAGUCUUGUCAAUCAUGGACUGAAUUCAAUAUGCUUGUAUGUAUGGUUCACUAGUGUUUCGUUUGUCAAGGCAGACAAUUAUGCAUGGGAAUUUUAAAAUGUAAACUUCCUUCCAAUUAUUAUCACCGCUAAUAUAAAUUUUUGUUGAAUUUUGUACUUUGGUCUAGUUAAAUUCUCAUGAGAAUACUACUGUAAUGAGAUUUGAUUUUGUUUAUGUUUUUGCUAAAUGAAAUAUUUAUUUUUGAAGUUUCAGAACAACUACCAGGUACAGAAUUUUAAACAUGUCAUAAGUGGUUUUCAAUGACAAUUCUAGCCUGAAUUGCGGAGGGUUUAUAGACAGUUUCUUUCUUUUGUACAAAGUGGACAGAAAGCCAUCAUAAUUUUAUGCAGAUUACAGGCUAUUUAGUUUCUCGUAUUGCAAAUGAACAGGCGUUUGUCGUAAGUAAAAUGUUGAAACAAAAAUAUAAAACAUGAAUAUCAUUUUAUGUGAUGUGUAAAUAGCAGUUGUUCUGUUGGUAUCUCUGCUGGCCUGAGCAGCCAGAGGUUUGUAGGUGAACUAAUGGCUUUCUUGAGUACUCCUGAUAACUAAAUUGAAUGUCUACCAGAAUCUCGAGUAUGCUUUGGUCAGAGGCAGACAGGUUUAUUGUAUCCUGUAAUUAUUUUCUAUCGUUCCCCUUUCUUUUUCUUGUCAUCUUUGAGCCUUUCAGAAGGAAACACUAGGCUGCCACAUCCAUUGGAAUAUGUAUGAUCGUGUAAACAAACAGCCAUUAAGCCUGUAACCCUUUAAUGAUAUACAUAUAUCUAAGAGACUGUUCUUGUGCGCGUGCAGUACAGAAAACUUAUUCAGUAACUAGACUAUGUGGUAGUUUAUUUCUGUCAGGGGAACCAGGAACAGAAUACAGUACAUUACACAUUUAAGUAAAUGCACUUUGUGUCAUGGUUUUACAUAUAUAUAUAUAUAUAUGUAUGUAUAUGUAUGGGGAGGAUAUGAGCAAUUCGAAAACUUUGAGCGAUGACGUGAUGCGUUUUCAAAAUGUGUACCAGUUAGAGCUUUAGAGUAAGUGUAGAUGCUUGAACGAUUGUAGUCACGAUGAAACUGCAGAUUCUCCGGUUUGUGAAGAGUGGCGACAAAUUUGCCAGGAUAUCCGACUCUCUCGCAGUAUCUGUCUCAGUUCCUUCAUAGCUCUUCUGUUAUGUAAGACGUGCCAUUAUUAUUAUUAUUAUUAUUAUUAUUAUUAUUAUUAUUAUUAUUAUUAUUAUUAUUAUUAUUAUUAUUAUCAUUUAAAUUUUUUUUUUGUUUGCAGAGCUCUUUACUCCAUUUUCUACAUCACAUUGUGAUAACAGCUUUAGAGGAAGACUUUUGGAAAAAGUCCUCAUAUUUUAACAAGUUUUCUUUUCCAUAUUGUGUAUACAAUAAGCUAUUGAUAACGUUAAGAAAGUCAACUGUGAUACUCCUCUUAAGUGUCACAGUUCAGUGGAACAACACUUCAUUAUGCACCAGCAGUUUUUUGUCACAAUUUAUGCUGCUUUAUUAUUGACAAUAAAAAAAACAGAUCUCAUAAGCUUAGAGGUGAGGCAUUUUUAUGUGCAGAUCAUUAUUUUGGUUAGGUACGAAUACGUGUAUGUAUUUAUCUGUAUACAUAUAUGCACGCAUUUGUACGUGUAUUCGUGUGUCGCUGUGUUUAAUUUCAAGAACAGACAGGCUCAGAAAUGCGUGUUAGUACGGUAGACAGUCGUAUAAGUGUUGAGAGCGUAAGGGGCGAGUGUUAGACGGUGGUGUUUGGAAUGUCUUGAAGUACCUAAUUCGUGAUGUUUGUGAAUAAAAUUGUUGUUCCAUAUGUGAAUUGAAAAAUAUGUAGAUACUAUUCAUAAGCAGUGCAGUGUAUUGCUGAUCAAAACGUUUUUUGUUACGAUUGCAUUAAUUGGUAGGAGUGGCUACUACUGUAUCUUGAGAUUGAAGAGAACAGAUGGAGUGUCUCGCUGUUAUAGCUUAUUCACAAAUUUAUUAGUUUAAUCAAUGUGUAGCCAGCAGUCAGUCAGCAGAUGUAGAAUUGUUCAAAGUUGAUCAAUGCCAGAUUGUGUGAGAAUUUGUAUGUGCCAUAUUGUUUAUUGCACCUCCCCCUCUGAUAUUUGUACUGUACCUAUUUCUCUUCCAUCAUCAUAUGAGUAAAGAGUUGGAUGCAGGUCCUGCGUUCAGUAUGUUUAUUCAUCUUUUAAGUUAUUAAUCUUUGUGAAAGAUAAGUUUCAAUACAACAAUUUUUUAUA